UUUCCUUCCCCGUCUCAAUUAAAAACGUUUCAGAUUAAUAUUUUGCCGUAACUCCUUUUCCGAAGCGGUAACACCACCCGUCAACGCCGGGACCACCCUCUCGUCCUAGACCCGUAUCACCUUCGCCGGCGCUUCCUCUACGGCUUGGCGUACCUUUCCGGUAUCUCGGACAUCUCCGGCCCUCUCGCUUUCUCUCUGUUGCAUACAUCUCUCACUGUCUUCCUCUCUCUGUUUCAGAUACUUGGUCCGCCCCCUUUGUCCAUCGGAGCUCUUCUCCGGUCCUUCCCAUACAGGGCCUCGAUCCCUCCAGGUUUGAAAAAAAAAAUUUGGGUUUUGGAGUUGUUUUGAGUAGGAAUUUCCUAUUUGUUUUCCAAUCCUUCUUCCCAGCCAGGAGGAGGAGAAGAAGGUGCAGAAGAGGAAGAUUUAGGAGGUUUUGAAAGAGGGUGUUGCAAGGAGUUUUUGGGGAAGAAAAUUGAUGGAGGGAGAGGUUAGCUCUUGGAUUAGAAGAACAAAAUUUUCCCACACUGUUUGUCAUCGUUGGGACUCUUCAAGAUUGGCUUCUGUUCCUUUCAAUGUUCAGAUAGACAGGAUUUCGGGGUUGAAAUCCAGACCCCCAAACAGGGAAGCUUCUGGUAAUCAUAAAGAAAAUCCAAGUUAUUCACAGAUUCAGAGAAAUCCCGUUACCAACAAACAGAGAUCUUUAUCACCUCUACCGGAGACUCUACUUUCCGAAGAGUUUAAAGAAGCUCGAUCUGAUUGGAAGAGAUUCUCAACUCCGAACCGUAGGAGAAAAGAGAUAGACAAGGGAAUUGUGGGAAAUGUUUUCCACAAGGAUUCCCAAGUAUCCAAGGCAUUGAACUCGAGUACUAGCCCUCUCAGGCAUCUUGCUUCCAUGAAAGUUAAUGACAAGUCGAAGAACCGGAGGGAAUCGCCAUGGGCCAAGUAUUUUGAUCAUGCUGCUGGAAAGGUUACUGCUGUGGAAGCAGCUGAUGAAUGGAGUGUUGAUAUGUCAAAGUUAUUUCUUGGUCUUAAAUUUGCUCAUGGAGCUCAUAGCCGGCUUUACCAUGGGAUUUACUUUGAUGAACCUGUUGCCGUUAAGAUUAUUAGAGUCCCAGAUGAUGACGAAAGCGGAGCUCUGGCAGCUCGUUUAGAGAAACAGUUUAGCAGAGAAGUUAAUCUUCUAUCUCGUCUUCACCAUCAAAAUGUUAUAAAGUUCAAAGCAGCAUGCGGAAAGCCACCAGUUUAUUGUGUCAUCACUGAAUAUUUAUCAGAGGGUUCCUUGAGGGCAUAUUUGCACAAGCUCGAGCAUAAAUCUCUUCCUUUACAGAAGCUAAUUGCUAUUGCCUUGGACAUAGCACGUGGAAUGGAAUUCAUUCACUCGCAACAUGUUAUUCAUAGGGACUUAAAGCCCGAAAACAUUCUUAUUGAUCAAGACUUCCGCCUAAAAGUUGCUGAUUUCGGUAUAGCAUGCGAGGAGACAUAUUGUGAUUCUUUGGCAGAUGACCCCGGCACUUACCGAUGGAUGGCACCUGAGUUGAUCAAGCAUAAAUGCUAUGGGCGGAAAGUUGAUGUGUACAGUUUUGGAUUAAUCUUAUGGGAAAUGGUGGCAGGGACAAUCCCAUUUGAGGAUAUGAACCCCAUUCAAGCUGCAUUUGCCGUAGUGAAUAAAAAUUUGAGGCCUAUCAUCCCAGGGGACUGUCCGCCUGCUAUGCGAGCUUUGAUCGAACAAUGUUGGUCCUUGCAACCAGAUAAAAGGCCAGAGUUUUGGCAGAUAGUGAAGGUGCUAGAACAGUUUGUAACGUCGCUAGCAUACGAUGGAACUUUGAGUCUUGUGCUGAACCAAACUUGCCACGAUCAUAAGAAGCAGCUUCUUCGCUGGAUCCAGAAGCUUGGUCCUGUGCAUUCUACUAGUUCAUCUAUGCCAAAACCAAAACCAAAAUUCUAUUGAAUCUUUGGUAGGACUUGCAAUUUGUAAUUUCACCAGAUCAAUUGUAAUUAAAAAAGAGAAAAAAGAAAAAGAAAAAAGGUUUGUUUUUUCUAAACCUUUUUAUUAGUGUUACUCUCACGUUUAUGUGUCACCAAUUGAUUAGGUUGAUGCAAUUGAAGUGAAGAAAUGCUUUUACA